GUCUCUCGUCCUCCAAAACUCAAACGGGACUUGACUCCUCGAGCAAGCACCUCACCGGUCAGGUCUGGUCUGGUCUCGUCUGGUCUUCUUCUUCCCACUUCCCCUUCCCAAGUCUCAACACGCGAGACCCAUCGAGCUAGCUCGGAAACAAAACAAAAGAAAACUUGUACGUACCUACGUCGGCAUGGCUCCGUCGGACGACUGUGGCUGGCUGCUGUACGUCUCCCUGGCGGCGAAAUGCGGCGGCGAGCCCUACCGCGUGGCCGGCUUCGUCGCGGUCCUGCUCGCCGCCUGCGUCGUCACGGCGCUCCUGCACUGGACGUCCCCGGGCGGGGCGGCGUGGGGGAGGUACCGCUGGACGAGGAAGCAGGCUCUGGGCAUUGCCUGCAUCCCGGGCCCUCGUGGCCUCCCCGUGAUCGGCAGCAUGGGCCUCAUGACCGGCCUCGCACACCGCAAGCUCGCGGCCGCGGCCGCGUGCGGAGACGGCGGCAGGCGCCGGCGGCUCAUGGCGUUCUCGGUCGGGGAGACGCGGAUGGUGGUGACCGCCGACCCGGACGUGGCCAGGGACCUGCUGGCCAGCCCGGCCUUCGCCGACCGUCCCGUCAAGGAGUCCGCGUACGGGCUCAUGUUCCACCGCGCCAUCGGCUUCGCCCCCCACGGCGCCUACUGGCGCACGCUCCGCCGCGUCGCCUCGUCCCACCUCUUCUCGCCUAGGCAGGUGGCCUCCUCGGCCGCGCAGCGCGCCGCCAUCGCGCGCCAGAUGGUGGACGCCAUGCAGGCGUCGGUCGCCCCCAGCGCUGGCGGCGUCGUCGAGGCCCGGCGGUUCGUGAAGCGCGCGUCGCUGCACAACGUGAUGUGGUCGGUGUUCGGCCGCACGUACGAGCUGGAGGCCGUCAGCGAGGAGGCCGCGGAGCUGAGGAGCCUGGUCGACGAAGGCUACGCCCUCCUCGGCCAGCUCAACUGGUCCGACCACCUCCCGUGGCUCGCGGGCUUAGACCUGCAGAGGACCCGCGCCAGGUGCUCAGCCCUUGUCCCCCGAGUCAACCGCUUCGUCAGCCGGAUCAUCGACGAGCACCGCGCAAUAAGCGACGCCGACGCCGUGACGGACUUCACCGACGUCCUGCUCUCGCUCCAAGGCGGCGACAAGCUCUCAGACGCCGACAUGAUCGCCGUGCUCUGGGAGAUGAUCUUCCGUGGCACGGACACGGUGGCGGUGGUGAUCGAGUGGGUGCUGGCCCGAAUGGUGAUGCACCAGGAAGUCCAGGCCAGGGUCCACGAGGAGCUGGACCGGGUGGUCGGGCGGCGCAAGGCCGUGACCGAGUCGGACGCCGCCUCGCUCGUCUACCUCCAGGCCGUCAUCAAGGAGGUGCUGCGCCUGCACCCGCCGGGCCCGCUGCUCUCCUGGGCGCGCCUCGCCACGUCGGACGUCGACGUGGGCGGCUUCCUCGUCCCCGCCGGGACAACCGCCAUGGUCAACAUGUGGGCCAUAACGCACGACCCGGCCGUCUGGAGCGAGCCGGCAGAGUUCAGGCCAGACAGGUUCCUCGCAGGACCGUCGCGGGAUCACGCCGCCGCCGCCGCCGAGUUCUGCAUAACGGGCUCAGACCUCAGGCUGGCGCCGUUCGGGUCGGGCAGGCGGAGCUGCCCCGGCAAGUCGCUCGCCAUCGCCACCGUCGGGUUCUGGGUCGCCACGCUACUGCAUGAGUUCGAGUGGAUGCCGCCGUCGUCUGAUGGACAUGGCGUCGAUCUCUCGGAGGUGCUUGGGCUGUCCUGUGAGAUGGCGGCCCCGCUGGAGGCAAGGCUCAGGCCGAGGCGUGCCGUCUGAUCCACCUGGACCGAGGGUGUAGCCACCGCUACUUUUCUAAUAGUGCUUGUAGUGAGUGUAUUUUGAGAUGUGAAAAACUGUGUAGUGUCCCGUUUUGGGGAUGUGCCUGCUGCUGUAAUAGGCCGGUAUGUUCCCGGCCGGUAUGCGUGUACUGUCCUUUUCAGUGUAGCUAGACGCCAUAGUAUAAAUGUAUAAUUAGGUAAUAAUUAUGAAGUACUACUGUAGUAUAGUAUCAGGGCAUGAGUGUCUACCUACUUCUCUUCUGAUUCCCCUU